CCGGCUAAUAAAUAGAUAAAUGAAACGGUUAAAAACGAUUUAAAUUAAAAAGAUAUAAAGAAAGCAUAACUUUGUUGCAACAUGAGAUUUUUAACAAUUUCGAUGUUUCUGCUACUGGCAGUGAUGUGUGUAACGAUCAGUGGCAAAAGUAUUGAAGGCAAAGAUAAACCAGAAGAAAAUUCCAAAAAUUCCUCCAACAAGGAUAUGAUGAUGAAUUCUGAAAAGUCUAAUGAGGAAGAUAAAUAUAAACCAGACAAAGAAAACAAUGAAGACAUGAUGAUGUCAUCAGCAAUGUCCAGCAGUAUAACAAAGAAGCCUAAAACAAAAAACGAUGAAAGUAAAACCACCAUGUCACCAAUGGACGAAAAAGAUAAAACGAAUAAAGAAGAAAAUGAUGACCAAGAAGAGGAAGAUGAAAAAAUGACUUCAACUACCACCAAAAAACCAAAGAAGUCAAAAACUACUACAGCUGCAGGAACCACAACCACUACUACUACUACAACUACCACUAAAAAACCUCCAACCAAACCAAAAGAUGAAAAUAAUGCAGCCGAAGAAAAAGAUGAUGAAGAAAAUCAACAAGAGGAAGAGGAUAACGACAAUGACGAUGAAGAGGAAGACGUUUCUAUGGAUAUGAUGACAUCUACUACUGACACCACAACCAAAAAACUUUAGAAAUCCUCUAUUUCUAAGAAUAAAGAUACCAUGACAUCCAGCUCAACCACCACUUCUACAACAAGAGCACCUCAAUCCAAUAACCUAGACGAAGAUUUAAAAACUAUCAUGAAUGAAUGUAGAAAAUUGCGCAGCAAAAAGAAAAAUAGUUCCGAAGAAAAUAGUUCCGAGGAUAAAAAGAGACAUCAUCAUAGUUCCAAAAAAGAACGUAAACAGUUAAAGAAAUUGUGCAAAGAAAUUGCCAGACAGGAGCAGCAACAACAGCAACAGCAACAGAAAGUUACAGAUGCCAUACAGCGUUUGGGUUCACAACUGUUAAGUAGGGAUAACUCAGAUAUGCCAAGACUUAGUGAUGUCAUCAGACGUUUGGAACAGCAUUUUGCUGGACGCAACCAUUAGAAUGAAACUUUAAAAGAAAUUACAAUUUAUUUUUUGAGAUUGUGGGGAAUAGUUAACGUUUUAAGUUAAUUAAAUAUUUAAAUAAAAUUAGUGUGUAUGUAUUUAAAUCUACAUAUGUACAUCUAUGUGACA